UUGCAGAUACUCACUUCAUAGAGGAAUACAUUUAAAGAGGAUAAGGCACCAAGGAAGAAAAGUAAGGAGAGUCUUCUACAAGGUUUCUUUAUUUUCUGUUGCUUGGCCCCCAACAGGAGCAAGUCUUUCUGUAUCAGAAGAGGAAGUGAAAAAUUCCCCAGGUAUGAACAGUGUCACUUCAGCGCUCAGAUUUCACUCCAACCUAUAGAGGUGAAAGGCAAAGAGAAGUAGCACUGAACCGAGAACUGUCUACAGCAAGAUUUCCUGCUCUUUUUGUUGCUAAAGGGGUACUAUGGAAACAAAUCUGGAAAAAGUACUUCAUGAACAAGACAGAUAUAAAAUAUUUUUGGAUUUCUAGAGCAAUGUAAAAGUAGGCGCAAAGAAGCUUGGGACAGCAUGGGAAACUGCUGUCAGAAGAGCUGUGCUUGUCUGCAGCCCUAUGUACCCUGGCUUUUCGAGGCAUGUAACUGUGGACUAGGAGAAAAGGAUAGUGAAAAGGACGAGCAGGUGAUACAGCCUCCUGUCAUAAGUGGACCACUUAUGCCUCCUCUUCCUCUACAAGACCAGACUCGCACAUUUGUGGCCUUGUUUGAUUACCAAGCCCGUACAGAAGACGAUCUGAGCUUCCGAGCUGGAGAUAGGCUUGAAGUGUUAGAUACAUCUCAACAGAGCUGGUGGGUUGCAAGGCUAUUGGAAGAGAAUGGAUAUUCCAGGCCUGGACAGAAACGGCAAGGCUACAUCCCAGCCAAUUAUGUUGCUCCUUCCCAUAGCAUUGAGGCUGAACCAUGGUAUUUUGGAGAUGUUACACGAGCAGAUGCCGAGAGACAACUGCUCUGUCCUGAUAACCAGGAAGGCUCUUUCCUAAUCAGAAAAAGUGAAAGCCAAAGGAGUGAAUUCUCCCUGUCAGUGCGGAGUGAUGAGAAUGUGAAGCACUAUCAAAUCAAGCAACUGGAAGACGGCAACUUUUUUGUGACACGAAGAAAAACUUUUCAGAGUUUGAAUGAUCUUGUCAGACACUAUAGUACUUCCAGUGAUGGGCUGUGUGUAAAACUUGGGAACCCAUGUAUAAAGAGAAAUGUACCAGAAACUAAUGGUCUGUCAUACCACACUGUUGAUCAGUGGGAGAUAGAUCGAAACUCCCUGCAGUUCUUGAAGAAAUUGGGCUCUGGCCAGUUUGGUGAAGUCUGGGAAGGUUUGUGGAAUAAUACCACGCCUGUGGCUGUUAAAACAUUAAAACCAGGUUCGAUGGAUCCAAAGGACUUCCUGAGGGAAGCACAUAUAAUGAAAAAUUUGAGACACCCAAAACUGAUACAACUCUAUGCGGUUUGCACUCUAGAGGAUCCUAUUUAUAUUAUUACUGAACUGAUGAGACAUGGAAGCCUGCUAGAAUAUCUCCAAAAUGAUGGAGGUUUUAUGAUUCACUUGUCACAACAGAUUGACAUGGCAGCUCAAGUUGCUUCAGGAAUGACAUACCUUGAAUCUAAGAGCUAUAUCCAUCGUGAUUUGGCAGCCAGAAAUGUGCUUGUUGGUGAUCACAGUGUUUACAAAGUGGCAGAUUUUGGACUUGCACGUGUUUUCCAGCUAGAAAAUGAAAAUGUAUAUGAAGCCAAACAUGAAACAAAACUACCAGUGAAAUGGACAGCUCCCGAAGCAAUCCGCUCCAAUACAUUUAGUAUUAAAUCUGAUGUCUGGUCAUUUGGAAUCCUCCUCUAUGAAAUAAUGACAUAUGGAAAAAUGCCGUAUACAGGUUGGGUGGGCUAUCAAGUGCUCCAGAACCUGGAUCAAGGGUACAGACUCCCUCAGCCAAAAAACUGUCCUCAAAAUCUGUAUGACAUCAUGUUCAAAUGCUGGAAUGCUGACCCCAAUGAAAGACCAUCCUUUGAAACAUUGCACAAAGAACUCGAUUAUAUAAUGGAUUCUACAUCUGAUGCAGAUGCAAAUAGCUUUAUAAACUGAACAACUGUUUAAAAAUGA